AUGUUCAUUAAAAACUUCAAUUGUAAAUUAAAAGUUUUGCGUUAUAAAACUCAGUCUAACGAUGUGACGUAUUUAUAUGCUAAUCGAUGGAAAGAAUUAAUUUUAAAAUAUUUUCCUCAAUUAGAAAAAUUCUAUUUUCAAUAUGAAGACGUGCCUUAUUAUGGACAUCAAUCUCCAGCAUAUCGUAAAGUAGAUUUUAAUCAAUUUAUUUCAUCAUUUUGGAUUGAAAAAAGAUGGGUAUUUAAAAGUGAAAUCGAUACAUCUGCAUUUAUCUUUAAAAUUUAUCCAUAUAAAGAAACAUGGUAUGAUAGAAAUUCAUCCAUUGAUUAUUCAAAAUCUAGUCAACUUACUAUUAGAUAUCCUUCUAUGAAUGAAUGUUCAAUUGACAUACAUGGUAUCUUAAGAGUAGCACAAUUUUAUCAUUUAGAAAUUAAAAGAAAACAAAUUGAUAUUUCAACAUUAAUGGAUAUAAUAUGUAGAUUAUCUGAACUUGAUUCAUUAAAAAUUCAUUCUUUAUCAUUAUCAUCAACGUGUGAUUCAUCUAUGGAAGAAAUAAAUCGUUGUUUUAUAUCAAAUAAAAACAAAAUAACAAAAAUUUAUCUUGAAAAAUUUAAUAAAAUUGAAGAAAUUAAUUUUCUCAUUAAAUUUUGUCCUCGAAUGAAUUAUCUUCAUAUCGAUUCUAUUAAUAAUAUGGAUAUUGAAUUAUUUAUAAAAGAAAUUUUAGAUAAAAUUAAUAAUGAUGGUAAUCAAUAUUUUUAUACAUUAUGUCUCAGUAUUCCAACAGAAGAUGAUAAAAUUAUUGAAAAAUUUAAGAAUAUUAUCAAUUCAAACAAAUCUAUUGUUUGGUAUUCAAUCAAAUGUAUACUUGAUGUUAUUUAUUUACAAUGGGAAAAAAGGAUUAUUACCAAUAUAUGA